CACUCACCCCCAGCCUAAGCAAGGACCGCGAGCCGAGCCACCAAGGCAGCCCGGGGCGGAUCUGGGCAGAGAGCAGCUGAGAUGGCAUUCCUCCGGCUUUCCUAGAGAGUCGUCUCCCCGCCCCAGAAGGCACACUUCCGCCGCCCUAGAGAGGCCACGGCGAAGUGGACCCAGAAGUGCACCCAGCCGGGCACCACCGCCAUCCGGGGAGUAACGUGAAGGUUCCGGCGUCCGUUGCAUUUCGUGGCAUCGGAGUUGCUGGAGAGGGAGAGGGACAAACGAUGGAAACGAACUGACGGGGGAACCCCAUUUUGCUUCUAGCUUGACUCCAUUUUGUGAGUUUCCACUUAACUGCUCUCCAACCGGGCUGAGUUUCGUUCCCAACCAGACAGACGUCCAGCGCCAGGAAGUCAUUGUUCUAAUCUCAGCUAAGCUUUGGAGACCUGUGUUGUAGAAACUCUGAAACUUCUGCCUCCGGUUCUGCCCCUGGUGUAAUGCAGUUGGGGUGGGUCUUCGGCUUCCGGAGGCGCUACCUACACUGCCUCUCUCGGGUGGAGGAUCUGGCUGUGAUAGACCCACUGGCCUCGGACUCCUAGAAAUCCUCCUGUUUUUUGCUUCCUGAGUGCUGGGAUUAAAGUGACUUCUGAUGACCUAGCAAAUAGCAUUGUGCACUGCUGUGCUGAGAAGAUACUCCCAGGGAUACAGCAGUGAUUCAGUCAAAGCAGCAGACUUGUUUUGUGUUUAUCUGGGUGACCCUGGACAAGAGUGAUGCCUCCAGGCAGGUGUUAUGCUGCCCGCUCAGCUCAGGCUUCAAGGAAACAAGCACACCUUCGUACGGUAAAGAAGGAAGAGGAGGAUGAUGCCUAUACUUUGGUGCGGACUUCCAGGCCACAGACACUUAACCGCCCUGGCCAGGAGCUAUUCCGUCAGCUCUUUAGGCAGCUUCGCUACCAUGAGUCUUCUGGGCCCCUAGAAACUCUGAGCCGGCUCCAGGAGCUCUGCCGCUGGUGGAUGAGGCCUGACGUUCUUUCCAAAGCACAGAUGCUGGAGCUGCUGGUACUGGAGCAGUUCCUGAGCAUCCUGCCUGGAGAACUCCGGACAUGGGUGCAGCUCCAUUGCCCUGAGAGUGGUGCAGAGGUUGUGGCUCUGCUGGAAGAGUUGCAGAGGGAUCAUCAUGGAAUACCACUGAAGGACCCAUGCCUUGCUCAGAACCCUGAUGUGCAUUGGAUAGGCACUGGAGCUCUGCAGUCUGCACAGAUAUGGUCCCCGCGCAAGAACAAUUCUGCUCUAGAGGACCAUUUGGAGCCUCCACAUAAAAUAGGAGUUUGUAACUUCCUGCAUGGACCAUAUGAUUCUCCUACUGUCUCACUGCCUACCCAUUUCCAGACAGAAGAGAGCACAGGAUACCAGGAAGCUUUGACUUUCCAGGAUGUGGAGGUGAUCUUCUCUCAGGAAGAGUGGAGACUCUUAGGCGCAGCUCAGCGCAAUCUUUAUCGGGAUGUUAUGCUGGAGAAUUACAGGAAUGUGGUUUCUGUUGUGGGGUCGUCUCCCAAACCUGCUCUGAUUUCCUGGUUGGAAGCAAGGAAGCCAUUGGCCGUGAAUAUCUGCACAGCUCAGCCUAAGACGGAUUCAGGAACUGCCCCUGAAGGAGGUAAACUCCAAAUUAAGUCACACAAGUUCGUCUUGAAGCAGGACCCUACAGAAUACACAGAAAGCUUUACUGUGCCAUCAGUAUGUCCUGAGGCAAGUGUUUCUGAGGGAACAGGGGUCAUAGAAUCUUCUGAAGAGAAAAAUGGGCUACAGAAGCCCUGUGGAAGCCCCAUACGAGUGAAAGAGAUGAAGGAAGGAACUGACCUCAGGAACAAGACAGGAAGAGACUCUGAAGUAUUGGGCAGCAGUGAUACUAUUGAUGUAAAACACGUUAAGUGUGUGAGUGUUUCUAAGAAAAAGCAAUCCUUUAAACAUGGCCGUGAUAGACGCUUCAGAAAAAGAUCACGCCAUUAUAACAGGAGACGUGGACUCAGAGAUACAGUUGAGAGAUUUGGUGUCUACCAGAGUAUUCAUAUGAGACUAAAAGAGAACGAAAAGGACACAGGUAAGAAGAACUUCAUCCUUCGUUCUCAUCACCAACAGGACCAGAGUAGUGUUCAUACUGUGAGGAUCUAUAGGUGCCAUGACUGUGGGAAGACCUUUGGUAAACGCUCCCAUCUUGAAGACCAUCGGAGGUGCCAUUUUGAACAGAAACUGUUUAAAUGCAGGGUGUGUGAGAAAGCCUUCAAGUGGCGUUCAAACUGUGUGCGGCAUGAGAAAAUUCACUCUGGAGUGAAGCCUUACAAAUGCGGUACAUGUGAGAAAACAUUCCAACGUCUGUCAGCCUGCCGUAUACACCAGGAAACCCAUUCUAAAAAGAAAUUUGAAUCCAGUCAGUCCAAAGAAGCUCUCACCAGCAGCGUGGAUCCCAAUCAUUUGCCAGACAAGGGUGAGGAGAAACACUUGGACUGCAGGCAUUGUGGGAAAUCCUUCAGCUGUAAGUCCUAUGUUCUUGAACACCAAAGGAUCCACACACAGGAGAAACCUUAUAAAUGUAACAGAUGUAGGAAAACCUUUCGGUGGCAGUCAAACUUUUCUCGUCAUAAGAGAUUGCACCUGAAACAAGAGUUCUGUAAGCAAGAGAAGGGUCGAGAAGACUCCAAGCAGAAUAGUAAUCAGUCUCAGCAUUGUGGGAAAACUUUUACUGAAAAGAAAUCACUCAUUGAGCGCCAGAGGAUUCACACAGGGGAGAAGCCAUACCAAUGUAGUGAGUGUGGGAAAGCAUUUACCUAUAGGUCAUCUUAUAUUAUUCAUAUGAAGAAACAUGCUACCCAAAGACAACCUGCUGGCCAGAGCACAGCGUCUCACAUCCCUCAGAGCAGUCUCGAUACAGAAGAGCCUCACGAAUGCCAGUCCUGUGGCAAAAUGUUCCGAAUUCACUCAUUCCUUGUCGUUCAUCAGAGAAUUCACACCAGAGAGAAGCCCUAUAAGUGCAGUGAGUGUGGAAAAGCCUUCCGGUGGAGCUCCAACCUCUCCCGACACGAGAGGCAACACACUUUGCAGCAGCAGUAUGAGUACCAUGAAAGUAAAGAGACUUCAAAUUCAGAAUCAGAACUCCUCACUGGUAAGAAGCUCUUUUGGUGUCUUGAAUGUGGGAAAAGCUUUACACGUAAAAGAAGCCUUUUAGAUCAUAAGGGAAUACACAGUGGAGAGAAACGCUUUAAGUGCAACCUGUGUGAAAAAUCUUUUGAUAGAAACUAUCGUCUUGUUAAUCAUCAGAGGAUCCAUGCUACAGAGAGGCCUUUUCAGUCUCAGUGGCACGAUAAAGAUCUCGUUGGGAUACAUGUCCGUUCUGUUGACCAGAGAAGACACAGCAGAGUACUGCAGUUGGAACGCAGCCUGCAUUCAGAUAAUUCUGGCUUAUCUUCCUGUCAGAAUGCAAGAUUAAAUAUUCAGGAAUUAAAACUGAGUGGAAAGAAGCCCCAUAAAGAGUGUGAGAACCCUUCUGACAAGAGCUCUAGGUUCAUUGCACUCCAGAAUGUACCCACUAAGAGGGGCUGCCACAAAUGUAAUAUUUGUGGGAAAACAUUUGGCAAACAUUCACAUCUCAUUAGCCACAGGAGAUUUCACACCAGAGAGAGGCCCUUCAAAUGCAAAGUGUGUGGGAAGACCUUCAGAUGGUCUUCCAAUUUGGCUCGCCAUAUGAAAAACCAUGUCAAUUAGCCUGGGGUCUCUGGUGACAGUGUGGGAUGGGGCAUAGUUCCUGGUUACAUUUCUAGAGAACUUGUAGGCACUGGAGAAAACCUUUGCAAAGGUCUAGUCCCGUCUGUUUUGGGGGUUCUUGGUGCGGAACCUUUAAAAGCUCAGGGACUCCUCAGUCUACCUGUUAACAAGUGGUGCUGGAGAUCACUGCCCUCUGGGGCCUUGUAGAUGUCAUGGCCCCUCGUAGCCCAGUACUGACAGCCAGGACUCCCUGUGUAGCUCUUGCUGGGACUGGAAAGUGUGUCUCUGUGGCCUAGUAAGGUGUGUCUGCUCUGUCCUGACUUCUGCAUGUACCAGACACACACAUGGUUCACAGACAUACAUGCAAGCAAACUACUCGUAAGAAAUAGCAUUCGAAAAAUAGUAUGAGCACUGAAAGUCUUUAUUUUACAACUGCCUCUCUGAAGAUAUCUAGUUCUGCCAAGUCAGGGGUGGAGCUUUAUUUUAAGUGAGCCUUGACCAGACAAGUUGGGGAUACUUUUAAAACAGGCCUUGAGUCAAGCACUAGAUGAAAGUCAUACUCAAAAGUACACGACUGCUGGGUAGCACAGACCUCUGUCGACAUGGUCUUUCCACUGCCUGAGGAGCCAAAGCUGUGGAUGGGGAGACGGAUGGGCUGAGACCGUCUUGGAGGCGUGGGUGUCAGAUGAUCUCUUGUUCACCUGAUCAGUGUGGUCAGUUCCAUCCUAACUGAAGAUUGUCAGACCAAUGUGCAGAGAAGAAACCAUAUGGGCUGUCUAGCAAUCUCUUACAAAAGUUACUUUUUGAAAGCUCAAGUGUGAAAUGGGUGAAGCAACUGUGAUUCAGACUCCUUUGUAAGUGGAAAUUAAGACAGAUUGCCAGGCUACUUGGGAAGUAUUGAGAAAUUGUGAGUUUACCCAUUGAGUCCCUUCUAGGAUUGAUGUGAAGAGUGAUGGGUGUGAGUCAGCGCGCUGCAGCACGGUUUAGAUGGGGGACUGGCGGAAUCCUAUUUACCAUCAGCAGGACCGUGCAGAAGCUGUUUGUUUGGUGCUUCGGAAAGAAUAUGAAACUUGGUGUGUGGGUACAUACCUGUAAUCCUGUUGUGGGGUGCUGAUGCAAGAGGACCAAAAGUUCAAAGCCACUGGAGGAUAAAGAACAAGACCCUGUCUGAAAACAAUGACUGUAGAAGAGUAAUAUCCUCCAAUUCAGAAAACUACACUAAGAGUUGCAGAAGUUAUAUGUAAUAUACUGCUUAUAUGACUCUUAAGCAUAUUGGAAGUGGGCACAUCACUUUGGUCUGGGUUUCAUUAGUUAAGCGGGAUGGAGUACUAACCUCAUAGGGUGGUGGUGGGGCAGUAUUGAAAUGCAUGUAUAACGUUGAGACUAGUGUCUGUUGUGUAAACAUUCCUGCUGUAUAAUAGUUAAUAUAAUAGCAAAGUUUUCUGUGGAUUCAAAAGACAUGAAAUAAGAGUGUAAAAUUAUGAAAUGGAAUGAUAUGUACUAAGCAUUGCUCCGUUGUCUUUGGGUAUGAGGUGAAAUCAGUAUGAAUACAUGGGGCUUCACUUGUGUUUCUAAAGAUUGAUACAAACACAUCCUAAAGUUAUGAUUUAACAGGAUUACUAUGUUGGAUUCUUUCAACUGCUAAAGUAUAUGAAAAUAAAAAGUUAACGGUGGCCUCUGA